AUGCUUAAAACACUUUUCCCAUCGUGGUACAAGAAGCCAAUCAUACCUGCCGAAGAAAUCCCCAAGAAGUUUAUAACCAAUGAAGAUAAGCAGGCAGUUCAGUACACCAUGAACGAUAAGGAUUCGUUCGUGGAUAUAAAUUAUAAAAAUCUCAGCUAUGCCGAGGUUGCAGCGUUAUCCAAGAGUAAACCAAUGGUCAGCAAGGUCAAAAAGACCCUGAAACCUGCCAAACAUACAAACACAAACUACAAGAUCUUGACAAAUUUAGGUCAUGACGACGACCUAGCUGACUCGAUAGUAUUGCCCGAAAAGUUCAAAUCUGACAUCCACUACAAGAAAAGCAAGCAGUUCAAACAGCCAUCCCCUAGAAAUAAGAGAAACAAUGCUGUAGCUGUCUAG